AUGCGCUUCUCCGACGUUGCUGCUGCCGCCUUGGUGGCUCCCCUUGUCGCCGCUCAUGGAGGAGGAAUCCCAGGUGCCCCCAAGCUUUUUGGUCUUCCUCGCCACCUUCAGGACGAUUUCAAGGCCCCUGUUGCUGCCCGCACUCUUCGUCACUCUUCUGAGCCCCGACAUGGGCUUUUGGAGACCCGUCAAGGCGGCCAGAACGGUCGCUGUGGACCUGGAUUUGGAAACGCAAAGUGUGCUGCCGGCUACUGCUGCUCUGGUGCUGGAUAUUGCGGAACCAGCAAGGACCAUUGCUCAGCACCUGAUUGCUUGAUCGAUUUCGGCCCGGCUUGCGAUGCCAACAAGACUCCUAGUGGUGCCUCCACCCGCAACGAUGCUCGUCCUCAGAAGGGCAAUGUCCCUUACGGCGGCGAGGGCAUCUAUGUCUGCCAGAAGCCAGGAACUGUCGCCAUUACUUAUGACGAUGGUCCUUACAUUUACACGGACCGUGUUCUAGACCAAUUUAACCAAUACGGAUUCAAGGCCACCUUCUUCGUUACCGGUAUUAACAUCGGAAAGGGAGCUAUUGACACUACUGCUCAGUGGGCCAAUGUCAUCAAGCGCAUGGUUGCUGAGGGCCACCAGGUCGCAUCUCACACCUGGUCACACCAAGAUCUUAGCGUCAUCACUGAGGAGCAGCGCUAUGAUCAGAUGGUCAAGAACGAAAUGGCCAUCAGGAACAUCAUCGGAAAGUACCCGACGUACAUGCGUCCCCCUUACUCAUCCUGCAAUGCCGCAUGCCAGGGUGUGAUGAAGAAGCUCGGAUACGUCGUCAGCUACUUUGACUUGGAUACCGAUGAUUACAACCAACUCAAGAACAUCCAAGUCGCCAAGGAUAACUUCAAGCGCAUCCUCGACUCCACUGCCGGUGGCCCAGCCACUGGUGACCGUCUGGCCAUUGCCCACGACAUCCACGAGCAGACGGCACUCAACCUCACUGGCUACAUGCUCGAGUACCUCAAGUCCAAGGGCUACCGCGGCGUCACCAUGGGCGAGUGUAUGGGCGAGCCCGAAGCAAACUGGUACCGCAAGACCGGCGAAGUCGUAACCCCCCCUUCCAACGGCGGCGGCAACACCGGCACCCCCAUCUCCACCGACGGCCAAUGUGGCUCUGGCAAGGGAACCUGUGCCGGCUCUCCCUUUGGCAACUGCUGCUCCUCCUUCGGAUGGUGCGGUAGCACCGACGGCCACUGCAAGACUGGCUGCAACUCUGCUUUUGGCACUUGCACCGGCGGCAGCACCUCGCCCUCCAAGCCUGUCUCUACCGACGGCCAGUGCGGAGCAAAGGCUGCCGGUGCUACCUGCCUAGGCUCGCCGUUUGGUAACUGCUGCUCGCAGUUUGGAUGGUGCGGUAGCUCCCAGGACCACUGCGGUUCUGGCUGUGACAAGACAUCUGGUACUUGCAACUAA